AUGGCAAAAAGCUACAGUUCAAUGUUGCUGCUGGUCUGCUUGGCCUUUUUGGUGAUCGUCUCUUCUCCAAAAAAUGAGGUCCAAGCUGACAAAUCAAUUGGAAGCUGCGUUUGGGGUGCAGUUAAUUACGUCAGCAAUUGUCUCGAAGAGUGCAAACGCCGCGGGCACAAAGGAGGACACUGUGGAAGCUUUGCGAACAACAUUUGCUGGUGUGAAACAUAA